AUGCCGACCAAGGCCGAGCGCAAACAGUUGGAUGCAACACUGGCUGCUUUCCACUCUAACUAUGCCUCUCCCGCAAACUGGGGAAAUGAGAGAUGGCAUGGCUCACUUUAUCCAGCCCUUGCCAAGCCUACUCGUUACGCUGCCCUGGUGAAUCACUAUGUUCCCCGUUCCGAAUUCGACAAGGUUCUCGCCACGAUUUCGGAACAAGAAACACAGACAAUCCAGCUUCCAAAGGUGCCAUCAGACUCGGCAGAAAAUGCAACAACAACACCGCGGAUAUUGCUUUUCGAACACGUUACCCCGGUUGUAGAAGAAGACGGCAAGAAGCAGGACGCAGUCUUCCUCUUCCCUCCCCCGCAGCCCAUUCCCACCCCAUCAAACGGCGGGAAGGACCUCUUGUCGCACUGGAACAUGGACGCCGCCUCUGCCCUUGGCGCACACAUGCUCUCCGUCCAGCCCAAUGACCGCGUCCUCGACCUCUGUGCCGCUCCUGGCGGCAAGUCUGUAGCGCUGGCCCAAAUGAUCUUCCCGCACCUGCACGCCACUGGUGCCUCCUCCUCAACGCCGACCCAACCCACCGGCUGCCUCCACUCCAACGAAAUCGACGCAGGCCGCAACAAGCGCCUUGCCGCAAACCUGCGUGCCUACAUCCCAAGCUCACUCUUCGACAGCGGCGCAGUACGAGUGCUGCGUCUGGACGGCGCCGAUGGGGCGCGCACCGUGGCGAAACUGCCGUGCGGUGUGGGCGGCUACGACCGCGUGCUGCUGGACGCACCGUGCUCUUCGGAGCGUCAUAUCAUCCACGCGCACGUCAAAGCUGCUGCCGGAGGUCGGAUUUCGGAUGACAUGGCACGGUGGCGUAAGGGGUCGAGCAAGGCGCUAGCGAAGCUGCAGGCGGAGCUACUAAUGACAGCGUUGCGGGCGGUGAAGGUGGGCGGGAGGGUCGUGUAUUCGACGUGCUCUAUUGAGACGGGCGAGAACGAUGGGGUCGUGGAAAAGAUGCUAGCGGCGGUAGAGAAGGAGAGGAAAAAAUUCGGGUUGUCGUGGGAUGUGAGAUUCGAGCUGGGAAGCUUGCGAAAGAAGGGGGAAGAGGAGGCUGAAGUGGAUGAUUCAUUAGAGAGGCUGACGGAGGAGACGAAGUAUGGCAGGAUUGCCGUCCCCGAUCACCCUGGUGGUGGCCAGUGGGGCCCGCUAUUUUUCUGCGUCAUCACGAAGGUGGCACGGAAACCUUAA